CUUAAUGUAGGAACCCAAAUCCAUAAUUCACUCAGUCUCAGUCUCACUCUUCCUCUUCCUCUCUCCUUUUCAAAUUUCCAUUUCCAAAGUUGAAAGAAACACCACAGCCUCCACAACCCCACUACCAUUAUAUAUUCAUCUCCCUCACUCCACAAUCCCUCAUUCUCCACUCUCUUCCCUCAUGGCUUCAAAAGUAUCACUCAUUCUCUGUGUUGUGGCCAUCUGUGCCGUUGAUUUUGCUCACAGCGCUUCAUCAAACAAUGCCCCAGCACCGUCCGCGGAUUGUUCAAACCUGAUCUUGAAAAUGACUGAUUGCUUGUCCUUCGUUACAAACGACAGCACCGUGACCAAACCACAAGGGCAAUGCUGCUCUGGCUUGAAAUCUGUCCUCAAAACUGCUCCAUCGUGCCUCUGUGAAGCUUUCAAAAGCAGCUCUCAGUUUGGUGUGGUAUUGAAUGCCACAAAAGCUUUGGCUCUUCCUUCUGCUUGCAAAGUUUCUGCUUCUAAUUCUGUCACUAACUGUGGAUUGUCUGAAACCCCUGCUGCUGCUCCUGGCCUCUCCCCAGAAUCUUCUCCUCAACCAGGUUUGAACGGUAAUGGGCUAUCUCCAUCACAAGUGGUGGCACCACCCCCUGGGAACGCAGCUGCCGCAUUGCCUUCUGGAUCUGUGCUUGUGUGCCUUUUGGUAGCUGUAUUCACAGGCCUUUAAGUGCCAGGACUAAUAUUCAUUCCACUUUGAGAGUAGGGAGAAAUGACACGAGAGACUUUUUUUGAUGUUUUCUGAGUAUUACCUUUGGAACUCUUUUUCUUUCUAUGUGAAUUGAAGUGAAUGUUUGGAUGGA